GUCACCGUGACAUCUGAAAAUUGAUAAGGAAAAUAUAUAAAAUGCAUUUUCUCGCCGAAAAUCUGACAGAUCACUUAUAGAGUGUGCUAUAUUUUAUACGUAAUUCAAAAUGGCAGCUAAUAAAAUUGCUAAGAUUCAAGCCUUCAGUGGUCUUAUAUCAGCCCCUUUUACUGGUUUCAAGCCUAACGGUGAGGUGAAUGCUGAUAUUAUACAAAAAUAUGUUGAUUUCUUAGUUAAAAACAGUGUUAAAGGAGUCUUCGUAAACGGCACAACGGGGGAAGGUCUUUCCUUGACUGUUGAAGAGAGAAAACUGAUAGCAGAAAAAUGGGUUGAACAUGGAAAAAACAAACUAGAACUCAUUAUCAUUCAAGUUGGCGCAAACUGCUUAAGAGAGGCCCAAGAAUUGGCUCGCCAUGCAGAAAAGAUUGGUGUUACAGCUCUAGCAUCGUUACCUCCUUUGUUCUACAAACCCAAAAGCGACGAUGAUCUUAUUGCUUAUUUCAAAGGCAUAUCCGAUGCUGCCCCUAAUUUACCCUUGAUGCUCUAUCACAUUCCUUCAUAUUCAAAUGUUGAAAUCAAUGUCAGUCAACUAUUACCUAAGGCUCGCGCAGCAAUUCCCAAUUUUUGUGGAGCGAAAUUCACAUCAACUGAUGUACUGGAUUUGAUGAGAUGUCAUAAUCUUCCUGGGGAGCCAUUCAAAGUACUGACUGGUUUUGACGAGGUUUUGCUGCCAUGCAUAACAUGCGGCGGAACAGCAGCUAUUGGUGGUACAUUUAAUAUGAUGGCCCUACUAUCUCAACGUGUUCUAGACGCAUACCACAGAGGUGAUAUUGAAGAAGCCCGGCGAGCAAAUAGAGAAAUAAUGAAUGCUACUGAACGGAUAUGCAGACAUGGAAUGCCAAUUGCUUGUUUCAAAGCAGCCAUGAACAUUCUCACACCUUUGGAUUUUGGUACAUCUCGAGUUCCCCUGGUUCCCCUCACCCCAGAAGGUUUGGCUAAUUUGAAAGCAGAUCUCAAGGCUAUGAAAACGAAAGAUUGGUUCAGAGUUUAAGCUGUCAGUAAAUAAUAAGAUUUUUUAAAAUGCAUCAUCAGCACAGAAAGCUAUUGUUGAAUUCUUAAUUGUAUUGUUAGAACUCUGGUUUCAAAAUUAGCCAAGUGUCCGCGAUUAGAAAUGCAUGUUGCUUUCUUCCUUACAAUAAUUAUGGAUGUUUUAUUGUUGUUGCCCAAAAUAUGCAUCAAAUUGUCUACUUUUUACUUGUGAAUAAAUAGUUUUUGCAUUUUUUAUUGCUGAAAAGUGACAUAAAGUUUUUUGUUUUA